AUGGUCCAUUGUUGUCUAUUCCUUCAUUCUAUGCUUGUCAUAGGUAGAUGCUUACGCGUACGAAGAUCACUCUUACGGAGCGCCGGAACGAUGAUGGACAUUCGGCUAACUACCACCCAGGUUGGCACCCACACACACUACACCUCGUACACUACCGCCAUGGGCCUCUGUGGUGACUAUGGGCCUCUCGACUUUCGAAGCUCGUGCAUACGUGCAUCCUGGAGCGCCCUAUUACCUGCCGCAUUCGUAUUCAUCCUCUGUCUGUGCUCAACUCCGGUUCCACGCCCUUUUCGACGACUUUUGACGAUUUUCUCAAGGCCGUUCCAACCAUUUGUGACUCUUCACGAAGCAGAGGCGAUUGACGUUAAGGUAGAUGUGGUGGACACGAUAUUGGACGAAGAAGACGCGCUUGAGGUCUCGAAAUUCGUGCCAAUGUGGCGUACGGUCGUAUUCGCAUUUAUUGGGACGGCAGAGGCACUUUACUGGGUCUUUGAAGGGUCAUACAGGCUUUACAACUAUGAAGAGAUGGCAUGGAGAGGAUUACUUGCGUUUCUUAUGGCGGCUUCAUGGCUCUACAGUGUCGUCCGGCCAAUUGCUCGACCGACUGCGACUCCACCGUACGACCUUUUCUCCCUUUAUCUUGCCCUCCUGGUCGCUUCUCUCCUACAAAUCGGAGGUGUUAUAUAUGACCACACAGUGCUAGACCUUCCCUUCCCAUCGACUUUUUCAAUUUUGGCACAUGUCGCAGAUUUACUUGCCAUUCUAGUGCUACUCGUUGUUGUGGUCACUAUGCCUUUGGCAGUUCCCAGCAAUCGGGUGGACAAAAAGGAGAUUGGACGAACACUAUCUCCUGAAGAUUAUACUAGUUUGUGGGGAUGGAUCUCUUUCCAAUGGGUUUAUCCUCUUGUUUCACGUGGAAGGUACGCGACACUGGACGAGAAAGAUGUCUGGGACCUAAGUCCGACUAUGCAAUCUCGGCCUGUAUUCUCCAAGUUUAACUCUGUCCAUCAGCCGACUCUACUGCGUCGCCUUUGGAUUGCUAAUUCAUUAGACCUCAUUCUCGAUUUCUCCCUCACAUUUGUCAGCGUUAUCUUCAAUUACUCUGGGCCAUUCUUCCUCAAACGCAUCUUGGAUGCGAUUGAUUUGAAGAAGCCUACUCCGGAAAGCCGCGCCCAAGCAUAUAUUUACGCCUUUCUGGCAUUCGCAUGUUCUUGUUUAAAGGCCCAAGCGGACCUCCAACACUUGUGGUUCGGCCGUCGUGCCUCAACGAGGAUUCGUUCGGAGCUCAUGGCUGCUAUUUACGACAAGGCCCUCAAGAGGAAAGACUUUUCCGGAAUUGUCAACAAGGACAAGAAGGCAGAAGAAUCCAAGGAGCCCUCGAAUGGUGUAGACACGAAGGAAUCUAAACGAAAGAGCAAGGCGAAAAAGAAGGAGAAAGACGCGAAGGCCGACGAUCCUAAGGCUGGUGCUGACGUAGGCAAAAUUGUGAACCUCAUGGCUGGCGAUGCCAAUAGGAUCUCCCAGAUGGUUUCUGGUGCUUAUUUCAUAUAUGGAGCCCCAUUCGAGAUCGUCAUCGCCGGCUUCUUCUUAUACCAGUUGCUCGGUCUGAGUGCUUUCGCUGGCUUCAUCGUCCUUGUUGCUGGAUGGCCACUGAACAGUUUCAUCGCCCGCCGCAGUGUCAGGAUUCAGAAGGGAGUUCUGGCGGCCCGUGACAAGCGAAUGGGUGUGCUCAAUGAAUUGAUUGGUGCUGUCAAAUUUAUCAAGUUUUUUGCAUGGGAGGAACGGUGGAUUGGAAGGGCACUGGACGCACGCGAAGCUGAGAUGAAAUGGAUGGUCAAAGCUCGGGUCAAUUCAGUCAUGUUCUAUCUUCUCUGGACUUGCGCCCCGAUCUUGGUCUCCAUUAUUUCGUUCUUCACUUAUGUCAUGCGAGGCAAUGUGCUGACUAUCAGUACUGCUUUCACGGCUAUCGCUCUCUUCGGAAUGAUUCGCGCCCCUCUAAACGUUAUUCCAGCCUGGAUUGUUCAAAUUCUCCAAACCGGUGUUGCCCUGAAACGUAUCGCUGUUUACCUCGACGAAGAAGAGGUCACAGAUCAAGUCUCUUCCCUGAAGAAAGACUAUUCCGAGCCGCACCUCCCUGGGGCCGAAGACGACGGAUUAGGUUUAGAAAAUGCGAGCUUCAAGUGGAACGAAGUCGCAGAGAAUGUCGCGGGCGAGGAAAGCGAUCAGCAACGUAACGGACACCCGUCUCCCAGCGAGUCGGAGUUUACUGAGGAAACACCAUCUACUAUCAAUGAUGCUACUUCGGAACGCAGUGUCCUGGAUGCCGGAGAACGUCGGUUCGAGCUUAAGGAUCUGUCCGUCAAGUUUCCUGAAGGGGAGUUAACCAUUGUUACUGGACCUACAGCAUCCGGAAAGACUGCACUUCUUAUGGCGGUCCUUGGUGAAAUGACCUUGCUCAGUGGCAGGAUCAUCAUGUCGAAAGAACCUUCCCGCGUUGACGAACAUGGGCUGAUGCAUGCUGUCUCCUAUGCAGCACAGUCGCCUUGGUUGAGGCACCAGUCAAUCAAGGAUAACAUUCUCUUCGGUUACCCAUUCGACGAAGAAAGGUAUAAUGCCGUUGUUGAGUGUUGUGCUCUCCGACCGGACCUCGAGAUGCUCGAGGAUGGUGAUUCAACAGAAAUUGGGGCCAGAGGUGUGAGUUUGUCGGGAGGCCAGAAGGCGAGAGUGGCGCUCGCUCGAGCUGUUUAUGCUCGUACGAAAUAUGUCUUGCUUGAUGAUCCUCUGAGUGCAGUUGACAGCCACACAUCAAGAUUCCUAUAUGAGCGACUGCUACGCGGGUCUCUCUUGGCACAUCGAACGGUCGUUCUAGUCACCCAUCAUGUUGAACUCGUCCUCCCAGGGGCGUAUUACCUUGUGCGCAUGUUAGACGGACGUAUCGAUACCCAAGGCACCGUCAAGGAUCUUCGAGAGCAAGGAGUUCUGGAAGGAAUAGAACAAGACGCUGCUGUUGACGCCCACAAGGAGGACCUGAUUGUCGCUGAAGCCAGUGCCAUAGAAGAACUAGCAGACGCUUCACCAAAGUCAUCCGAGUCCAAGAAACCGAGAAAGCUUGUGAAGGACGAACAUCGGGAAACUGGUGGCGUUAAAUGGUCGAUAUAUAAGACCUAUUUAAAAGCCUCGUCAUAUUGGACAUGGGCAUUCUUGGGGUUCAUUGUUCUUCUGGUCCAGCUUCUAGGAAUCAGCGAAAAACUUUGGAUCAAGACCUGGGGCGAGGCAUACAAGGAUUCAGUUCCCUCAUUCUUCUCUUUCCGCACUUUCGCCACUCCUGAACACGAAGUCCCGAUGGAUGGGUACCUGCUACAUCAUCAACAGUUGCACCCCUACCAGAACGUUGCCACAAUGCCUACCCUUUUUGGUAUUGACUGGCCACGAGCAUCUGAACACCCAAUGUUUUACGUUGGAAUUUAUGCCGCUAUCGGACUCGCCAAUGCUCUCGCCAAUGUUCUUUCUGUCACUGCCCAGUAUACGGGUGCUCUUCGUGCUUCGCGAAUUCUUUUCAAACAACUCUUGGUCACUGUUGUUCGAGCUACUUUCAGAUUCCAUGAUACGACGCCGCAAGGUCGUAUGCUCAAUCGCUUCGGUAAAGAUAUAGAAACGAUCGACUCUUCCCUCGCUGGAUCCCUUCAAGCUGUGAAUUCUUCCCUUGCUAGCUUCUUUGCAGCCAUCUUGACUGUUGCUGUGAUUUUCCCUUAUUUCCUCGUUCCAGCGGCCUUCAUUGGGUUCGCCUACCGCGAGCUAGCCAUCGGCUACCUAAACACUGGGCGAGAUCUCCGUAGAAUGGAGUCCAACACCAGGUCACCCAUUUUUUCGGACUUCGGCGAGUUACUAGAAGGCAUUGUUACUGUCAGAGCGUUCUCUGCGGAGAGACGAUUCCUGAAUAACCUUCACACUAAGAUUGACACAACUACCAAGAUGUGGUAUACGUUUUGGAUGACCAACCGAUGGCUGUUACUCAACUUUGAUGUCCUCGGGGCGCUAAGUGUCCUUGUCACUAUGCUGCUCUCCAUCGCCAGCCUGUCAAAUGGAGCAGGCCUGGCAGGUCUUUGUAUCACAAGUGCUAUGGCGUUUACAUCUUCCGUUUAUUGGGCUUGCCGCUUCUGGACUGCACUUGAACUUGACCUCAACUCCGUCGAGCGAGUAGUUGAAUAUUUGGAUUUGCCACAAGAGCCCCCGGCAGUCAUCGAAUCCAACCGAGUUCCUGCGUAUUGGCCAUCCGGCUCCAACAACGACUCUUUGAUCGUAGUCGAGAAUCUGGAAGUCAAAUAUGCCCCUGACCUCCCCGCAGUCCUUCACGACGUAUCUUUCACUCUCAAAGCUGGCGAGAGGGUUGGGCUUCUGGGUCGUACAGGAAGCGGCAAGUCUACUCUUGCCAUGAGCAUCCUUCGUUUCGUCGACCCCACUAGUGGCAGAAUAGUGAUCGAUGGGAUCGACAUUUCGACCAUCGGCAUCCAUGAUCUCCGUUCUCGAUUAACAUUUAUACCACAAGAUGCAACAUUGUUCUCGGGCACUCUUAGAGACAACUUGGAUCUAUUCGGCGAACAUGAUGAUGCCGAAUGCCUCGAUGUACUCUAUCGAGUCCAUAUGAUCAGUGAAAGCUCACAGAAUUCUCAAAGAACCUCUCGUGAACACAGCGCGUCUUCAUCACGCAAUCAAUCCCGAGCUCCAUCAGUCCAUGGCAUAGAACGUGAAGAAACCAUCGACUCACUAUCCACAACAACCACCGAUGUCGAUAGCAAAACCUCGGUCUCAUUAGAUACAAAAGUGUCUGCUGGAGGAACCAAUUUCUCUCAAGGUCAACGACAGCUUAUUGCCAUGGCGCGAGCCCUCCUUCGGCGUAGCUCGAUCAUUGUUCUUGACGAGGCGACCAGUAGCAUCGAUUUUGCUACCGAUGCCAAGAUCCAGAAGACCAUUCGCGAGGAGUUCAAUGAUUCGCUCCUUCUCACUGUUGCACAUCGUCUCCGCACAGUUAUUGAUUAUGAUCGGUUGAUUGUCUUGGAUAAAGGCCAAAUUGUGGAAUGUGAUACUCCCUGGAACCUCAUUAACAAAUCGGAUGGCAUCUUUAGAAGCAUGUGCUUGAAGAGCGGAUCCUUCACCGAAUUAGAGAGUUCUGCAAAGGCCAAGGCAUCCUUAGUCGAUCAAUAA